AUGUUCAGGUCAAUCAUUCAGUCAAGACGUCAAUUAGUUCAAUUGCGUAAUUUAUCAAAAUACGCUCGCAAUCCACAGAUAUUUAUUCAUGAAGAUACGCUAACUCCGCAAUUGUACAAGUUUUCUCUAUCGAAAUCACCACUGGCAUUACAUAUGGGAACAUCUUUGUCUUUAAACCCUACAGCAGCAAACUUUAAAGCUAACAACGAAUUUAUUAAAUUAUUGGACUCUACAUUACAUGAUAGUAUUCAUGAUGAUUUCACAUAUAUAAUGGAAGCUAGUACUAAUGCUAGUUCUUUUAUGCCAAUAUAUGAUAUGAGAGAAAUCCCACGUUAUGCUAGAACCCCAUAUAUCGAAGAUGUCUUUGGUUAUGUGCAAGUUGAUGACAAGGGUAGCAUGAUUCCUAAUAGUUACCAAAAAAAUGAAAUGUAUCAAAUAUGUAGUGGGAAGACUGGUUUACCAGUAUUCAGCGAAUUUUUGUUCGAAACUUUACAAGAAAAAUGUGAAAGAUCGUCCUAA